AUGCGUGUGGUGGUGGGAAUGCCGUCACAGGUUGUUUUGGUUUGGUUUGCAGACAACGCCAGAACGAUGCAAAGAGUGACGGGACGGAAGAGGGCAACGAAGGAGCGAGCCAACACAAUAGACCACACGCAGAAAAGGGCCGGCGACGGGGGACCGGGGACGGGGAGCGGGGGCGUCGGUGUACCGUCUUGGGCCGGAGCCUGGGAGGAGGAGGAGAAGGAGGAGGAGGCACGGAGCCAAUCUAAAGGGAAGGUGCCCUGCUCCUUCUGGAUGGACCAUGACCCUGACCUGGACCUGGACCUGGACCUGGACCUGGACCUGGACCUGGACCUGGACACCUUGACCUUGACCUUGACCUUGACCUUGGCUUGA